AUGACGGAUAUCAUCUCCCAUGACCUACAAUCAUGGCGGAUAGAGGUGCAGGGGACCGCGGCGGCUUCGGAGGCCGAGGACGCGGCAGUGACAGAGGCGGCCGAGGGCGUGGCCGUCGCCCCCGACGUGAGGCGGAAGAGGAAAAAUGGGUCCCUGUCACUCGAGCAAAUCUACCUCCAUUCCCUCCCUAUCAAGGAGUACCAAAUCAUCGAUCUCCUGGUUGGCCCGUCGCUGAAGGACGAGGUCAUGAAGAUCAUGCCCGUCCAGAAGCAGACCCGCGCCGGGCAGAGGACGCGCUUCAAGGCGUUUGUCGUCGUCGGCGAUAGCAACGGCCACGUCGGCCUCGGCUUCAAGUGCUCGAAGGAGGUGGCGACGGCGAUUCGAGGCGCGAUUAUUUUGGCGAAAUUGUCGGUGAUCCCGGUGAGGAGGGGAUACUGGGGGAAUAUGAUUGCUUUACAUAUACCUGUGGUUUAUGCUUCUUUUGUUUAG